AUGGGUUUCAAUCUCCAUGCCGAGGGGACCACGGACCCCAAAGAGGUCCGCAACUUCAAGAUCCACCUGAUCGCAAUUGUUGCCUCGAUGAGUGCCAUUGCCAUGGGUUAUGAUACUUCGGUCAUCGGUGGCACUAUGGCUCUGGACUCGUUCCGACGAGAUUUCGACCUCCUCAACGUCUCCAAAACUGCACGAGAUACUCUCCAAGGCAACAUUGUCUCCACUUUCCAAGCUGGCUGCUUCUUUGGCGCUUUGCUCACCUUCCCUCUUGCUGAGAAGAUUGGUCGCAAGAAGGCUAUCAUGUAUUCGUCUUUGAUCUUCUUGGCCGGUGGAACUCUCAUGACUGCAUCACACGGAGUCAUCGGCAUGCUCAUUGCCGGACGAGCUGUUGCAGGCCUUGGUAUCGGUGCUGUGUCACUCAUCGUUCCUGUCUACAUUGCCGAAACGAGUCCACCUUCCAUUCGAGGUCGACUAGUUGGUAUUUUCGAGAUCGCUUCGCAAGGUGGUGGCAUGUGUGGUUUCUGGAUCAACUAUGCCGUCGACCGUACAAUUUCUCGCCGCACACAGACACAAUGGAUCGUACCUCUUGGUCUCCAGCUUCUGCCAGGUAUCCUGCUCUUCUUCGGAAUCAUGUGGUGCCCAGAAUCACCACGAUGGCUCGCUAAGAAAGAUCGUUGGGAGGAUGCCGAGAAGAUCCUGAUCGAUAUCCGACAACUGCCUGCUAACCACGAGUACAUUCAAGGCGAGAUGGCCGACAUCCGACUUCAGGUUGAGGAACGAUCCACAAUGAGAAUGAGCAAGAAGGCCCAGUUCCAAAAGCUCUUCGCACCAGGAACACGUAACCGAAUCGCAAUUGGUCUAUUGCUUAUGGCUUGCCAAAACUUGACUGGAGUGAACAUUAUCACAUACUACUCCCCACGUAUCUUCGAGACCCUUGGAAUUACAGGCACAGACACCAAGCUCUUCGCUACUGGAUUCUACGGCAUUGCUAAGACACUUGGUAUGGUCUUGUUCUCUCUGUACCUCGUUGAGAAAGUUGGUCGACGAAAUGGCCUCAUCUAUGGUGCCUUCAUCGGUUCCCUACCAAUGUGGUUCAUCGGUGGUUACGUCAUGAAAGCUGAUCCAGCUGGUGCUGCUGCACGAGGCGAGCUCACAAGAGAUGCCGCUGGAUACGUCGCCAUGGUGUGCGUCUACCUCUAUGGCUUCAUCUACUGCGCAACCUGGCAAGGUAUCACUUGGGUGUACUGCUCCGAGAUCUUCCCAUUGGACAUCAGAAUGCUGUGUGUGGCUAUCACGACCGCUGACCAAUGGCUGUGGUCUUUCGUCAUCUCUCGAACCACACCAUACAUGAUCACGAGCUUGGGCUACGGAACUUACAUGUUCUUCGGCUCCCUCAUGGUUUUGAUGGGCUUCUGGGCUUUCUUCUUCAUCCCCGAGACCAGAGGUCUUACUCUCGAGGACAUGGAUAUUCUUUUCAGUGGAACCAUGCACACUGCUGUAUGGCAAAGCUUGAAGACAAGACGAUCUGUCAAGGAUGUGCUUGCCGAUCGAAGAGGAAGUGACGAUGUCCAAUCUGUCAAGGGCGGGCAAGUUCUCGAUGAGAAGCAUGUCGGUUUGACUCAUAUCGAAGCGGUGGGAGUAAGCAGCAAUGACGACCCAGCUUUCCCCAAGAACUCGCGAGUAUUGAGCUGCUAG